UGCGUUAUAUAUUUCUAAUUUAGUUUUUCUUACUCAUUUCUCUCACUAACACUGAUGUUUUGUUGCCAUAAUCUCAACAGGAUAAGCCUGUAUUUUACAUAUUUAUAUGAUGCACACACAAACCAAGACCAAUGAGAGGUAGCCAUUAGGUUGGGAAGAAGAAGCUCCUUCAGAGAGAGACAAAAAGAGAUUGUGUUUUUUCUGGUCCGUGAGAUUCCAUGGCUUCAGUUGGUGCACUCAAAUUCUUGUUGUUCCAAGUUCUAUGGCUCUGGAACUUUCUACCUUCUUGCCAAGGUGACAAGCAGUGGCAUGAAAAAAGUUACCCUUUUAUCAGAAAUGCAAGCUCAUUCUCAUCACCAUCAAUUUCAACAACCACAUCCAACAAUGAGUAUGACUACAUAAUAGUUGGAGGUGGCACAGCAGGGUGUCCUUUGGCUGCAACCCUCUCUCAGAAGUUCAAUGUUCUGAUGCUUGAAAGAGGAGGUGUUCCCUUCACCAACCCUAAUGUUUCAUAUCUUGAAAACUUCCACAUUACCUUGGCAGAUGUUUCACCAACUUCAGCUUCUCAAUUCUUCGUUUCAUCUGAUGGAGUCUACAAUUCAAGGGCCAGGAUCUUAGGAGGUGGCAGUUCUAUCAAUGCUGGUUUCUACACCAGAGCAGAUCCAAGGUUUAUAAAGAAGGUGGGAUGGGAUAUCAACCUAGUGAAUCAGUCAUAUCCAUGGAUUGAAAACCAAAUUGUUCACCGUCCAAAGUUUUCAGCAUAUCAAAGGGCAAUGAGGGACAGUCUUCUGGACUCUGGUGUGUCACCUUUCAAUGGCUUCACCUAUGAUCAUCUCUAUGGAACAAAAGUUGGUGGAACCAUUUUUGACAAAUAUGGCCGGCGCCACACAGCUGCUGAACUUCUUGCUUCAGGGAACCAUGAAAAACUUACUGUUUUGGUCUAUGCCACUGUCCAAAAGAUUGUGUUUGAUACAAAAGGAAAGAAACCAAAAGCUGUGGGGGUUAUUUUCCAAGAUGAGAAUAGGAAACAGCAUGAAGCUGUUCUGGCAAAUGAUAGACAUAGUGAAGUGAUAAUGUCUUCUGGUGCAAUUGGGACUCCUCAACUGCUGAUGCUUAGUGGAAUUGGACCAAAAGAACAACUCCAGAAGUUGAACAUCCCAGUGAUCCUCGACAACCACUUUGUUGGAAAAGGAAUGGUAGACAAUCCCAUGAACACAAUGUUUGUUCCUUCUGAAAGACCUGUUCAUCAGUCACUCAUAGAAACUGUUGGAAUCACCAAGAUGGGCGUGUACAUUGAGGCUAGCAGUGGGUUUAGCCAGUCUAACGAUAGCAUUCAUUGCCAUCAUGGUAUUGUGUCAGCAGAGAUUGGGCAGCUUUCCACGAUCCCUCCUAAGCAAAGAUCACCAGAAGUUAUCAAAGAAUUUAUCAAGAACAAGAAAGACCUACCGAUUGAAGCAUUUAAGGGAGGCUUUAUUCUGUCAAAAGUUGCCAAUCCUUGGUCAGUUGGUGAGCUCAAGCUGGUCAACACCAAUGUGAAUGGCAAUCCAUCUGUUGCCUUCAACUACUUCAGUCAUCCAUAUGAUCUUGAGCGCUGUGUUAAGGGGAUACGUUUGGCCAUUAAGGUUGUCCAGUCAAAACAUUUCACAAACUACACUUUGUGUGACAGAAAAACAUCAGAGGAGCUCCUCAACCUCACUGUGAAGGCUAAUGUCAACUUCAUACCCAAGCAUGCCAAAGACACAAAGUCACUAAAGCAAUUCUGCAAAGACACUGUGAUCACAAUUUGGCACUACCAUGGAGGGUGCCAUGUGGGGAAGGUAGUCAAUCCUGAUUACAUGGUCCUUGGUGUUGACAGACUCCGUGUGGUAGAUGGCUCAACAUUUGAUGAAUCACCAGGAACAAAUCCUCAAGCCACUGUCAUGAUGAUGGGCAGGUACAUGGGACUGAAGAUUUUGAGAGACAGGUUGGGGAAAUUGGCAGGUAUAUAAGAAGGAAUUUACUGUGUGAAGAUCAUGUUAAAUCUUCAAUAGAAGGGUGGUCUAAAUGAAGAAGCACUGUUGCACAUCAAGAAAAAGAGUGCUAGUGAUAGGAUUAUUGGAAAUGAAUGCAGUUUAUUGUAAUUUCUUCUACAGGGUGAUUUAUUAGAAGUCGACAAAGUCAUGGUUUUUUGGGGAGGAAAAAAACAAUUGUAAGGACUUAUUUUAACCUUUUCUAUUUCCAGGAACAAUGGAAAAAUCAUUCUGGAUGUUUACAUA